ACAUCAUCACUGCGCGUCCUGAACAAAGCGGAACAGGACCCUGGUGCACUGGUGGUGUGUAUUAAAGCGGUGGAAAUCGCAGGUUGUUCAAAAUUAGGGUAUAAUCAAAAAUAGUAAAGCGAAGUGUGUGUUAAUGCGAUGGAGACUGACAGCACGACCCUGGAGGAGAGAGGAGUGAGUGCGGCGCAGAGACGAGCAGAAAUCCGCCGCAGGAAACUCUUAAUGAACUCUGAGCAGAGGAUGAACAGAAUAGUGGGCUUUAAUAAAAAUGACGGAGAAAACACCGAAGCCCAGCGUGUGACGGAGCCACGGUUCCACCUGGACUUGGAUAGGAAUGAGUGUUUCACCCCCUCUGUGUCCACUAAAAGGGUGUCUCCCUUUGUAUCGGAGGCCCGGAGUGAGGGAUCAGUGUUAGACGAGAGGAGGGAGGAGGAGGGGGAGGAAACAGAGCGAGGGGUUCGGCUCAGGCCACGAGGGGAGACGUCGAGUGAAGAACGCUCUCGCUCCCCUCGCAGGGGCCUCAACACCUACUUGUCUCGCUUUGAUGAUGCAAUCAAGCUGAGGGGUCAACUGACCAACGAGAAGGUGUCUCAGGAGAGUGGCGCUGAAGUGGAUGAGUUCGACUCGUUUCGGCUUUUCCGGCUUUUUGGCAGCGUGGUGUUAGCUGUGUGUGUACGCUUAUUUGUCUGUAACUACCUGUCCAUAUUUGCACCCUUUCUCACCCUGGAACUUGCCUACAUGGGCUUAUACAAAUACUUUCCAAAGGUGGACAGGAAGAUGAAGACGACGGUAUUGUCUGCAGCGCUGCUCCUGUCUGGGAUUCCAGCUGAAGUGAUCAGUCGCUCAGCGGAAACCUACAGGACGAUGGGAGAUGUUUUCUCUGAUCUCUGUGUUUAUUUUUUCACCUUUAUCACCUUUCACGAAAUCAUCACCGCUUUCUCCUCUCAGUCCACCUAAACAACACAUUCACACUUCAUACGACACACACACUCUUCACUCACACAAGUAACACACAGCACUCCAGUAUUCCAAGACAUUAUUUACAUGCUUCCCCUCAGUUAAGUCCCAAAAAGGUCAUUUAUCAGCGCCGCUCCGUUACUUAAUCAACCAGUUUACCAGUUAAAGCUGUUUACUAACAUGAUAGUCAUGUGAUUAGAUUUUAAUCAUCCAAAAUUGAAAACAGCAGGUACACUACUGCUAAAUGCUAAUAAAUAACAGGCUAGCUAAUUAGCAUGAUAGCUAGUCAACAAACUGUACAGAAACUGUGUGUUUGAGACUUUAGUACAUUGAUCUCACUGUAGUGUGUGUGUAGUGCUGUUCAAAAUCCAUACACACUGCACCCGACAUACUUCUCCCCUCAGGCUGUCAGUGCGCUCUUCUUAUUAACGCUGCUGAUGUGCACUAAGGGGUCAUCAGGGGAGAAGUUAAACGUGUUUGUGUAUGCUGAAAUGCAGGUUAUCGUGUCAUAGUGUUUUGCCCGUCAGUGUGUUGAUGGCUUAUUUGUGAUGUAACGGUGUUUUUGGGAACUUUUUAAAUUAUUUAUGUUGCUUUGUUUUAUGUAAUAAUUCCAUAUAACAAACAUCGCUGCCUGUUACUGCGAAAUUGCUGUUCAUUAUUAGGUAAUGUAUCAACAAUAAACUUCAGUAAACCGU